AUGGUCACUGCCUUCCGCGAAGCACCUUUGCUUUUCCUGACAACCUCCAAUGCUUCCGCACCGACUGGGCGCAAUGCUCGUGCCCAGGCUCGAUCAGAAAGCGCCAGACGCACAAAUCCUGCAGCCGCGCGAUAUGGAUCUUUCGGCUCCUUUAGCAUUGACAUGAGCCCCGUCAGCAGAGCCACCAACGUUCACGAGGAAAAUCAGCCUAAGCGCCGGAAGAUUGAGCAUGUCGAUGAUGAGAAUAAGCGAAACGAUGGCCAGGAACAGCAAGUGGCCUCUCCCAAUGCGUCUAUUCGGAUCCUGGCCACCCAUUUCGAUCAGAGAAGUCCUCCCCUGCCGCCGAAUGUCAAUUUCGAGGAUGUGCUGAAGGUGGCUUCGUUCCAUAUCCGGCGACAGGCUGCUCAGAUAGUCCAGAUGUACCCUCAUCGAACACUGGAAGCAUUACGUUGUCGACAAUGGUGCUUGGUCUCAUCGGCGUCGGCGUCUCUCGGCCGGAGUCCGUACCUUGAUAGUGCCAUUGCUUGCGUCGUGUCGAAGGUUCAACAGGUCAUAUCUGGGUCCACGUCUCAGCCAAAGAUGCUUUUUGCCUACACUGAGGCACUGCAUCUCCUUCGAGCAGCGGUCCUCCAGCCGAAACUUCAAGACAAAGCCGACAUGCUAGCCGCGACUCAGCUCCUGGCUAUUUACGAAAUGAUGGACUUCCCCGAGAAUGUCUUCUGGACGCAGCAUGUAGCCGGCGCUGCUGCGAUGGCGAAAGUCCUAGGCUCAACAGGAGGUGACGAUAGUACGCAAGCUGCGCCGAUGUUUGUGGAGGCUCUUCUCAACGAUGAUGAGGCGUUCUUUGAAGGCCAGCAUUGGAGGAAUUUGCUUCAUGUUAUAACAACAAAGCCGUAUCCGGAUCCAGAAAUGAGGGCUGAGACUAUCUCUUGCUUCACCACCCUGCGCUCCAUCUUCGCGGAUUCUCAUGCUGCCGCCCGCAAAGAUGCAGACUGGUCGACUCGGUUCGAGCUCCUAUCGCAAGCACAUGAGCUACGUGAGCAGUUCAUGCUGCUCAUUGUAGACAACAAAGAACGCUUCCUGGAAGCUCGGAAGACUUCCACCGUCUCGAGAGGCUGCGACUUCCUUGGCCUGUGUCUCGUCAGCGUCAUGGUCUUGGACAAAUUGAUCCUCUCCCUCCGACAAAAUAACUGGUAUAGAGGAACGGAUAUCGAACAUGAGACGCAGCUGCUCUGCACGCUCAUGGUGGGCCUCGAACUUAACACCACCGAGUUCUCUCCUGGCAAAGAUUUGUUGCGGGCAUUCCAGCGGCAGGUCAAUUAUCCAUCCUUGACGUAUGAUGAUUGA